GAGAGAGGAGAACAGAGGGAGCAAGAACUGUGCCUCUUGUUUUUGGGCAAGCGGAUCUUUGCUAUUUGCUGACAUACCUGGUCCUGCUCCCACUUUUGGAAAGUCAGGUGCUGCUGGUAAAUGGGUGACAUUUAAGGGUUGACCCUAUGGAUCCUUCAGCAGGAAAGAGGUGCUGCCAUGUACUGCAGAAUGGAGGAAUACCCUGAAAUCUGCCACAUUGACACUUCUUCUGCUCACAUUCAGUAACAUCUCAACUUCUGUCCUGCAAUGGGCUCAUGGCUGGGGGAGUCUAGUCUGGACAUCAGGAUGGGAGCAGCAUGUUUCUUGCUGGUCAGUGGUUUCCUCAGCUUGCACCUUCCUCCUUCUGGUUGCCAGCAGAGUUCGGGGCCAGUGAAUCCUUUUCCCAUGCCAGUGCCUGGUUCAGCAAGUCUGGGAGGACAAGGAGGGGAACUGCUACCGCACUUCCUCCUAGAACCCGAGGAUGUUUUCAUUGUGAAGAACAAGCCGGUGACUCUGAGCUGCAAAGCAACCCCAGCCACGCAAAUCUACUUCAAAUGCAAUGGAGAGUGGGUCCACCAGAGUGACCAUGCGAUUCAGCACAGUGCGGACCGCAGCACGGGUCUCCCUGUCAUGGAAGUUAGGAUCGAGAUCUCUAGGCAACAAGUGGAGAAGAUCUUUGGGCUGGAAGAAUACUGGUGUCAUUGUGUAGCAUGGAGCUCAUCUGGAACCUCCAAAAGCCAGAAGGCAUUUAUCCGAGUUGCAUACCUCAGGAAGAAUUUUGAGAAGGAGCCAUUGUCAAGGGAAGUGUCUCUGGAUCAGGAGGUGACUUUGUUAUGUCAGCCACCUGAGGGGAUUCCUCCUGCGGAGGUGGAGUGGCUGAAGAAUGAAGAUGUAUUAGAUCCUGAUAAAGAUUCCAAUAUUUUCAUUGGAACAGACCACAGCCUUCUUUUAAGACAGGCGCGCCUAGCUGACACUGGGAACUAUACGUGUGUGGCCAAGAAUAUAGUUGCUAGGCGGAGGAGUAACUCAGCAGCUAUCACUGUUUAUGUCAAUGGAGGAUGGUCAUCAUGGACUGACUGGUCUCCAUGCAGCACAACCUGUGGUAGAGGCUGGCAAAAGAGAAGUCGAACUUGUACUAACCCCACGCCAUUAAAUGGGGGAUCAUUUUGUGAGGGUCAAAAUAUCCAGAAGACAGCCUGUACUACCCUCUGUCCUGUGAGUGGAGGAUGGGCAGAGUGGAGCUACUGGUCUUCUUGUGCCUCUGAUUGCACCCACUGGAGAAGCAGAGAUUGUACCCAGCCAGCCCCAAGGAAUGGUGGGCUACAGUGUCAAGGGCCUGACACAGAGACCCGAAACUGCACCAGUGAACUCUGCAUGCACACGGUAAUCACGCCUUUGAACAUUGUAAAAUAAAAUAUUUCGGUAGGCGCCCCUGAGGAUGUGGCCCUGUAUGUUGGAGUAGUAGCUGUGGCGGUGUUCCUAGUACUCUUACUAGCGGUAAUACUAGUGUGCUGGCGCAGGAAGGAAGGCCUUGAUGCUGAUGUGGCUGACUCCUCCAUCCUAACAGCUGCUUUCCAGCCUGUUAGCCUCAAGCCUGGCAAAGCAGGCCAAGCUCACCUACUAACUAUUCAGCCUGAUCUCAGUACAGCAACAAUGACCUAUCAGGGAUCCUUGUGCCUACGACAAGAUGGUGGUAACAAAUUCCAGUUAACCAAUGGACAUCUUCUGCCACCUAUGGGUCCAGGUUUACCAAGGGAGCAUAGUCACACAUUACCAAGACUAUCCACCCAAAACUAUUUCCGCACCCUGCCACGUGGUUCAAGUAAUAUGGCAUAUGGUACAUUCAACUUUUUAGGAGGACGUCUUAAGAUUCCAAAUACUGGACUCAGUUUGCUCAUACCUCCAGAUGCCAUUCCCCGGGGAAAAAUCUAUGAGAUCUACCUGACACUUCACAAACAGGAAGAUGUGAGGUUACCUCUAGCUGGCUGCCAGACACUUUUGGGUCCCAUCGUCAGCUGUGGACCCCCUGGAGUCCUGCUUACACAGCCUGUUAUCUUGUCAAUGGAUCACUGCCUGGAACCUAGCCCUGAGAACUGGACUGUGCGCCUGAAGAAACAGUCUUGUGAAGGCAGCUGGGAGGAUGUCUUACAACUGGAUGGUGGGAGUCCGUCGCACCACUUUUACUGUCACCUGGAGUCCCACAGCUGUUACCUGUUCACAGAGCAGCUGGGACGCUUCGCUCUGGUGGGAGAGUCCCUCAGCAUGUCAGCCACAAAGCGCCUAAAGCUGCUGCUCUUUGCCCCCACCUCCUGCACAAGUCUGGAGUACAGUUUGCGAGUCUACUGCAUCCCUGACACACAAGAUGCCAUGAAGGAGGUCAUACAGCUGGAGAAACAACAGGGGGGGCAGAUGUUAGACGAGCCACGGAUCUUACAUUUUAAGGAUAGUUAUCACAAUCUGCGCCUUUCUGUGCACGAUAUGCACAGCACCAUGUGGAAGAGCAAACUCUUGGCUAGCUACCAGGAGAUCCCAUUCUAUCAUAUCUGGAAUGGAGUGCAUGGGAAUCUUCACUGCACUUUCACACUAGAGCGCUUCAGUCUCAACACAUGUGACCUGUCCUGCAGGGUUUGGGUAUGGCAAGUGGAAGGAGAUGGUCAAAGUUUCAACAUCAAUAUUAACCUAAAUAAGGAAAAUCGACCAGAAAUAUUGUUAGAUGAAGCAGAAAAAGAAGCAGCAGCUUUGGUGGGUCCCAGCGCCUUCAAGAUCCCCUUCCUAAUGAGACAGAAGAUCAUAACAAGCUUAGAUGAGCCAUCCUCCCAUGGUGCAGAAUGGAGAGUGCUGGCUCAGAAGCUAAAUUUGGACAGCCAUUUAGGUUUCUUCAUCUCAAAAUCAAGCCCUACCGCCAUCCUCCUAAAUCUUUGGGAAGCACAAAACUUCCCUAAUGGAAACCUGGCACGACUGGCAGCUGCAGUGGCAGAGAUUGGAAAACAAGACUCUCUUAUGUACAUGAUGUCAGAAGCAGAGUGCUGAAGAUUUAUUGCUCAUCUGCUCGAUUCCAGCAAGUCCCAAGUCCAAGCUUGGCCAAGGGGCUCAACCUCCCAAAAUUAAUCAGUGGGCUUACUCUUUGAAAUGGCCCUUCCCUGGCAACUGUGGGUUAGAGGGCUUCAAACACAUCUUUCCUUUUUAACCCCUCUGCAACUGAAAGGGUUAAUCAUGUGUUCAGCUCCUUUAUGCAGAGCAGGAGGAUCAAAAACGGAGCCAGAUGCCACAUUUAACUCUGUGCUGCCAAAUACUUAAUAAAAAUGCUGCUCUCAUAAGUUUUUCAUCAGAAGGUUAAGCUUGAAUGGACAUAUCCUGUAUGUGAAGAGGGCAUUGUCUAUAAUGUUGUUUUGUUAACUACUGUGGACCAUACUAAGAAACACCAACCCCACCUGAUACGUAUUGCACUGGAGAGCAAAGGCACCAUAGACCCUUCAUGGGAAGUCAACCCACCAAUCACUACAGACUUUACUUCUCUCUCUAAACCAAGUGUCUUGUAUUGCUACCUUGUCAGUGAAGGUGCGACAGUGACACCCAGUGUUUGUGUUGUUCAGUUGUUACACCCAUACCCAGGUAAGUGAAGGUGCAAUAUAAAAAAGAAAAAAAAAAGGAUUCUCACUAAACAAAGAUACAUCCCUACUUAAUAGCCAUACGAACCUUAGAGGGUGCAUCAGAGGUCAUUUUUUUACCUAAUCAAGGGAGAAAUCCCCCCAAAAUAGAAUUCAUUGGCCCUUUCACCCCUCAAGCCAGCUGUAUAUGCAAAACAAGAGCACUCCCUGCUCCAGGAGUGAAUGAUUGAGUGUGUUUUGAUUGUGAAUGCGUGUGCACAAGUGUUGUUUUUAUUUUCAGACCAAGAAAAGUCAUUGGAACAAUAAAAAUGUGUAAUGAUCAGUGUUUUUUUCUACAUUCUGUAUUAAAGUGCAUUCAAGUAUUUACACUUGGCCUUAUGUAUAUAUUAUGUUCAUUCCGCUGAAGGUGUAUAGUACUUUUAGGUGACUUGAAUGUAAAUAA